GAGUGUCGCGAACUCAGAAGAGCUUUUUAAUUGCAAUGGUCUCUUGGGUUUUAUCCUUCCGUCCACAAAGUUGGCUACUUUUAGAAAUUCCUCUCUCCGAUUCUCGAAAUUGUAAAUCGAAGCUCUCGGAUUGUCACACCACGAGUGUCCGACGAGGCUUAUCUGUUUCCGUCAAGAGACAAUCGCCGGCCAAGACUCGCUGUUUCACUGAGACAAAUCGUCGAACAUCUACCGUGCAAUCCAAACGUGAACUCUGGGAAGACCCAGACGAUGGUAGCGACAGUGAAGACGAAGACGAAGAAGAUGGUGUCGGGAACGAUUUAGAUUUCGAGAGUGAUUGGGAUGAAGAAGAUUCGAGAGCCCAGAAGCUUAUUACUACAGACAAUUACAACGAAGAGCUUGCAAGAGAGGUUGAGCAACUUCUUGAACCCGAAGAAAGAGCAAUUCUGCAGCAAAAUGAUAAACCAAACCUCAGAAUGAUAUCAACAAAGAAGUGGAAGCCACUUCAGACUCUUGCUAUGUCAAUGCAGAUUCAAUUAAUGGAUAAUCUUAUCGCAAAUGGACUAGACAUUGAUGAUGUUGAUAAGGAAAGUCAAACCGCUCUUCAUAAAGCUGUCAUUGGCAAAAAAGAAGCAGUGAUUAGUCAUCUUUUGAGGAAAGGAGCAAAUCCAAACGUUCAAGAUCGGGACGGUGCAUCGCCGCUUCAUUAUGCAGUUCAAGUUGGAGCCUUGCAGACUGUAAAACUACUGAUCAAGUACAACGUAGACGUCAAUGUUACAGAUAAUGAAGGAUGGACUCCUUUACAUAUCGCUGUACAAAGCCGGAAUAGAGACAUUACAAAGAUCUUGUUGACUAAUGGUGCUGAUAAAACAAGAAAAACAAAGGAUGGGAAAUUGGCUUUGGAUAUGGCUCUGUGCUUUGGAAGAGAUUUCAAGUCAUAUGAUCUAGUCAAGCUGUUGAAGAUCAUGCCCACUGACGAUUUAUAGAAUGAGUUGGUGAGAUUCUGAAUGAUCAGGUUGAGAAUACUAAACCGGAGUUGCCAUUACAUGGUUUUCUUGUAAUCUAAUCCGGUUAAAGUGGUAAAGGUAAAAGAAAUCCGGUUGAGGUUGUAAGUUUUGUAAAACUAAACUAGAUUUGUGUUGUAGAUCAAUAACCAUUGAAGAAAUUGGUGAUACUCAAA